UUCUGAAAAACACUUGGAAUUUACAUUCAAGUCCACUUAAGAUAAAAUUUCGUCAUUCCCCUGAUAUCCAUAUGUAUCAAAAGUCGCCAUCCCACUCAACCAGGUUUACACUUCAACUUUGUGAUUGUCAUUCUCUUCAUUUCACUAUAAAUUGAAGCCACCACACAACGCAUAGUGCAUAUAGCUAAAGACAACAUAUAUACAUAUUCCCCUACAUCUUCCUCACAAGUCUAAUUAAGCAUCUAUAAUAGCUUAACAACCAAGCAUGUCUAAAGCAUCUGCUAGCCUUUUCUUCGUCAUCCUUCUCCUGUGUUUUACCAUUUCCUACGCUGCUCGCCCUGAGCCACUUUUUCACCAGGUCACUACUCUCAACAAUAUUCAACACCAGGAUGUUGUUGAAGCAAAGCAAGUUGAUAAGGAAGAGAGCUGUAAAGGCGUAAAGGAAGAAGAAUGUUUAGAAAGGAGGACUUUGGCUGCUCAUCUUGACUAUAUCUAUACUCAAAAUCAGAACCCCUGAAAGAAAGUGCUAUUACCAAGGACGAAAAUCAGUUUGUUUUAUAAAUAUUAUAUUUGACCAACUUUUCGGCUUCAAAUAUUUCCCCAUAUGUUUAAUUAACGAAAGUAGUGAUAGGACGACUUGAUUAUCACAAAUAUUAUAUUGCUUUCGGUGUGUUUCUUGUUGAUUUUCCCUGUACCUUAAAAGUGUUAUCCCAUGUAAACUUCCUGGUGAAUCCAAGCUGAUUUGCUACUAAAUUAAUGUACUGUUUGACCUAA